AUGGAAAAAAGGAGCAAAUCCGACGAUGAGAACGCUUCGACUUCCAGCCUCGUCAAAAGCGAAUCGCUCUACGAAGUUACACCGCGCGAGAACCGUGAUACCGAUGGAGCGUACAAGCGAAGUGGUCGCCUUACUCUCGGCGUGAUUCGGGUACUGGGACGGUUAAUAUCGCGCACUCGGGACUACUCUUGGUCGUCGCCGCGACGUUAUAACACCGGCAUAUCGUCAUCGACUUACCAUCAGUCUAGAAACAUCGACGUGUCUGCGCCGAAAGUGGUCGUUGAAAACACAUACAAGCUACUGCCAGAUAAACGGUUCCCUGUGGAAACUGUAAAAAACGUCAUUCAACAAAUACUCAACGACGACUUACUGGAGUGCGAAUACAAAGCGGACGUUAUCGCGGAGAAGACGAAGUCGAUCACGGAUACGAUAAAAUAUAGAGUUAAAAGACUUAACGUCAAACGAUUCAAAAUCGUGUGCAUCGUAACCAUCGGUAAGAUAAACGGUCAAGAGGUCAUCGCCGCCGGGAGGUGUCUCUGGGAUCAUAACGUCGACAACUUUGCUACCGCUACUUUCAAGAAUAGGUCAAUUUUCGCAUUUGCUACUGUGUACGGAGUUUACUUCGAAUAG